AUAGACCGGUCACUUGGGGUUCCUUCGACCCCCGGAGGUUGGCAAGCAAAUUAGGUGGCAUCCCCCGCUGGGAGGGGCAUUCAAACUCUGUCCAGUUUGUCAGUGGGCUACAGAUGGUUUCCGGGAUGUCCCCCACCGCUCACAACACAUGGUAGAGUUUGGGAUGUUGGCAUCUUGAUAUCCCUGAAAAUUCCAUCAAUGUCCAUUUCAUCUGGAGCAAGCAAAUGUGUACAUACACACACAUACAUGUACGCGCUGAGGACUGGUACAGAUUCUAGCAAUCUUCGUGCUAUAUAGCAUACAGUCGUUUGCUCAGCUACAGGCUAUAUAUAUAAUAUAUAUAUAUAUAAAUAUUUGUGUGUGUUUACUGCGAGAAAACAAUUCCAUUUUGACGAUCUACAAAAAUUGGAAUUCUGGAAUUUACCAUGUCAAUUUCUGAUGACGAAGAUUUCCCUCUCGAAUGGGAUUUUAUGGACGAGAAAGUGCAUUUUAGACCUGGAAACGGGGCAGCUGUCGGACCCUACGCGGACCUUCCGAUGUUACACGAACCAGCUCCGUCAUCCGGAGUCGGAUCACCGUCUCCGGCGAUGCUUCCGUCCUUCGGAUUUACUCAGGAACAGGUAGCCUGUGUUUGUGAAGUUCUACAACAGGGAGGAAAUAUUGACAGACUGGCCAGGUUUCUGUGGUCAUUGCCAGCUUGUGAACAUCUACACAAAAAUGAAAGUGUAUUAAAAGCUAAGGCCGUAGUGGCUUUUCAUAGAGGAAACUUUAAAGAACUUUAUAAAAUUCUCGAAAUCAAUAACUUUUCACCCCACAAUCAUCCCAAACUCCAGGCGCUGUGGUUGAAAGCACAUUAUAUAGAGGCCGAGAAACUUCGAGGUAGACCUUUAGGAGCUGUAGGGAAAUACCGUGUGAGGAGGAAGUUCCCUCUCCCAAGGACUAUUUGGGACGGUGAGGAGACCAGUUAUUGCUUUAAAGAAAAAUCCAGGAAUGUACUUCGUGACUGGUAUUCCCACAAUCCCUACCCGUCCCCCCGGGAAAAGCGUGAGUUGGCAGAGGGGACGGGACUGACCACCACACAAGUCAGUAACUGGUUCAAGAACAGACGACAGAGAGACAGGGCUGCCGAAGUCAAGGAUCGAGACGGUUCCAUCUAUUUCAGCGAUCAUUCUCAGGGUGGCCACCAGCUCGGACAGGAUGUUGGUUCGCCUCAAAGUGAUACGACAAAGGAUGAUCUAAGUGAUGAUGCAUUAUCGGUACCACAACACAUACAGACGAAACUGGAACCACAGGAGACGACAAACUCUCACACACAUACCCAUCCUCAUAGUUCCGUGUAUGCCGAUCUUCAAAAAGCUAUGCCAAACGCGCAUUUACAUCCUAGCAUCGGGAACAGCGGUCCUCCGCCCGGAAGUGGGGUGUUAUCUGUCACAAAUGGUUCGAACCAAGAUGUUGGACUUCUUCAUGAAUAUCAAACACUAUGAAAGUAUUGACAACAAUUUAAACAACAAAAAGUACUAAAACGUGUGAAAAUUCAUUCAUGAUAUAUGUUUCUCUGUGAAUAUUUGUGAGACCAAAGUUUACCAAGAUAUGGUACAAGUUCUAAUGUGCCAUAAUAAUAUUAAUAAUAAUCAAACCUAUAGUAUUUGCGCAUGCUCGGAUAUGGACCGGAAGUACUGCCAGAAAUCAAAACGUCUGUUUCCGGGCAACAUGGCGGCCAUGCUGCUUGCCAAUCCCACUUGACACUACGUUUGCUUCCGAAUGGAGAUUAUACAUGGAUUUAGCAGAAUUUAAUAUACACUGGAGAGAGUGCGAUAAGGGGAGAAAGCAACUUAACAUGAUACAUUAAGUGUUGUCUGUGAAAAUGUUAUGUGCUUGGUUGGAUGUUUAAGUGACCAAGAUUGUGUGGUGGAGUUAUCCAUUCAGCUUUCUUUAUAAUUUUUUUUUUCUGCGGGGCAUGUGUAUUGUUUCAAAAUUUAUGUUGCAGAAAAUCAAAAGUAUUAGAAAUUAAUUAUUAAAUUUUAGAACAUAGAUCAAGUGCAAUUUCAUUAAUAUGUAAGUUAACGUGUGUGUAUUCCUAAAGUAACAAAAUCAAACUGAUAGUAAACUUUCGUCAACAUUUAAUUAAAAAUUAACAUUUUCUUUACAUUUAAUAAGUAUUUGUAAAUAUAUGAAAAUUGUUUUGAAUAACUAAUACAGAACAAAUGUAGAUCUACAUUGUUUUAUUUAAAAAAAAAGAGAAGAAAAAGUUUAAUGAUAUUUGUAUCCAGGUAAAAAAUGGAACAAUAUUUUGAAAUAAACAACUUUUUCUGUCAGAAUAUUUCCCCUUUAUAUAACUUGCUAUUGGUGAUUUCGUUCUCAAUGCAAUUGGUUUUAUCAAUGGGGUCGUCAUAUUUCACCAAUUGGAAGACGAAACACUUUUCAAUUUUAACGCAAACUAAUUUUCUGAUUAGAACACCUGCUACUCAAAUUAUUAUUAAUAAAUACAAUCAAAUGAUAUGUUCUUGUUAGUUUCAUUAUGAAAGCAUGUAUUAAAUUAAAUAAUUAUGAAAAAAA